AGGAGUGGAGCGGGCGGGGGAGGAGUACAACGGAAUACUUUUGCUGACAACAUCGGAUUUUAGCGAUGUCGCCGCUGCUGCUGCUGCUGUGCGUUGCCAGCCUGGCGGGCGGGGGCCUGGCCGACCUGGCGCUGCCGCGCGGCGUGUCGGUGGCGCGCGCCAGCCUCUACACCAGCAGUGACACCUUCACUUGUCUGGACGGCUCUGACACGGUACCGUUCGGCUACAUCAACGACGACUACUGCGACUGCGCCGACGGCAGCGACGAGCCGGGCACCUCGGCCUGCGCCAGCAGCCACUUCUACUGCCCGAACCGCGGCCACGCCGCCGUCGAGGUGCCCUCGGCCUGGGUUAACGACGGCGUCUGCGAUUGCUGCGACGGCUCCGACGAAUACAGCAGCGGCGCGUGCGCCAACACGUGUGAGGAGCUCGGGGCCGAGACGCGGGCCCGCCAGCAGCAACUCAACGAGAUGCGCCUCAGGGGAUACGAGGUCAAGCUGAAGCUGAUCGAGCAGGGCGAGCAGAAACUUAACGAGAAAAAGGUUCGUCUGGCCGAGCUGGCCCGCGAACAGGAGGUGGCCGAAGGCAUCAAGACGCAGCGCGAGGCGGCCAAGGACGCGGCCGAGGAGCAGGAGCGACUGCUGCUGGAGGUCUGGCAGGAGGCGCGCCGUCAGCAGGAACAGGAGCAGGAGGCCGCCUCCAAGCAGCAGGCCGAAGAGACUUUCACCCGGCUGGACGCGAAUGCCGACGGAAAGCUCACGGCGGAGGAGCUGCAGCAGGAGAGCAGGCUGGACAGGAACGCCGACGGCACCGUCUCCAAGGACGAGGUGGACGUCAUCACCAUGAACAAGGACGAGCUGGAGGUGGAGGAGUUCGUGAGCAGCACGUGGCCGCUGCUCAAGUCGCUCCUCCACGUGCCGGACGGGGAGGCCACCCCACCGCCGCCGCCGCCGACGGACACCGCCGAUCAGCCCGAUCAGCCCGAGGAGCACGAGGAGGACGAAGACGACGAGGAGCUGCUGACGGAGGACCCGUACGAGUCGCCGGACGACGAGGACUCCGACGAGGACGAGGACCGCGAGCUGGACGCUGACCGCUACCGCAGGAGGAUGAGCGUGCCUGCGGAGCCGGCCGCGGAGCCUGAGUACGACGAGGCCACCCAGGCGGCCGUGGACGCGGCCAAGCUGGCCCGAUCCGAGCUGCAGGAGGCGGAGGGACAGCUGGGCACCAUCCUUCGAGAGAUCAGCGGUGUGGAGGCGUUCACUGGCCUCGACCUGGGGCCGGAACGCGCCUUUGCCGGCCUCUACCACGAGUGCUUCGUUCUGGAGAACCGCGAAUACGAGUACAAGCUCUGCAUGUUCGACAGGGCGUCGCAGAAGCCCCGCAGCGGCGGCGUCGAGACGUCCCUGGGCAAGUGGGGCUCGUGGGAGCAGCCCGACCAGAACGGCUACACCCGCCAGCUGUACGAGAACGGCCAGCAGUGCUGGAACGGCCCGAAGCGCUCUGCCCACGUGACGCUGACGUGCGGCGAGGAGACACGCGUCCUGGACGUGACGGAGCCGGCCAAGUGCGAGUACCGCUUCUCGGUGGAGACGCCGGCCGUGUGCGAGCGCCCGAGUCCGGAGACGGAGCAGCUGUACCACGACGAGCUGUAGCGCCUUGUCCCGCGCCCGCCGCCCGCUGCCCGCCGCGGCGACCGCAACGGGUGCAGUGUUUUCAUCCGGCGGGGUCGCCGCUGUUCUCACGUGCUCCGAGUGGCCACUCUGACCGGGGGAUGAGGAGGGGUGUGUGUUUGGAAGGGGGGACCAUGGUGGCGGUUCGAUCUUGAGGGAGCUGGAGUGUCUGCGUCAGUUCUCGCCCGUGUGCUGUGUCCUGGCUGGAAGGUCGCCCUCCGCUGUCGUGUUCAGUGAUGUGAUGGGGCUGGUGGUGGCGCCCCAGCCCGAGUGGCACCCCUGCCUGAUACCGGCGCCCCUACCAGAGUCGCUCGACAUUGUGAUGGUCGAUGUGGGGGGGGGGGGGGGGGGGGCGAUGUGCGACACGUCCGCCGCCCCUGUGGUGAGGGAUCGCGUCCUGGUCGUCACGCCCACACUUCGUGCCCGCCGGGUCGCUGGGUCCGGGGUGUGACCGAGCGGCCGCCGUACGGAGCCCAGUCCCAGGAGGAGCGACUGAUCCGGUCAGGCUGCUCGGGCGCCGGAAGAGCCCGCGGAUUACUCGAGAUUUACGCACGCUUCCCGCCGCUCCUGCACGACGUGCCCCGCCCAUCACUUCUCGUUUGGGUUGGCUGCCCUCGUCCGGUUUUCUCGUCGCAUGUGGGCCGCUUUGUGCGCGUUUGUUUCGUCGGUAAGCGUGCACACGUGUGUCGAGUUGGGUGAUGCGGUGCCCGGGCCGGGCGGGCGUCCUCCGACCGCUGGCCGGUCGCCGGUCGACCGCCGACCCGCCGCCUUGGAUCGUCGCUACCGCAAUACAUACUCAGCUGCACGGA